UUGGAAGGAAAAUGGCAGCCUCUUUUUACAUUUUCUUAUUUCCCUUUGACUGCUCUGCUGGAUCACAUUUAAAUGACUAGCUAAUAGCUACAACAACAUGUAUCAUCCUAGCUAGAUACAAUGUAGCAAAAUAAUAUAUUGUCAAUGUCCAGCUAAACUGUAACGGCUCAAUCAUAGAUUGGUCGUUGAUGCUAACCAAAACAAUAUCAGGCAGUCACCUCUGCCAACCAUUGGCGAAGAAGAGGUCUCAACUGAGUGUCGGUGCUCCUUUAUCUGUUGUUCCCCAUAGCUGUGCCAUGUAGAAGGCAGUGAUUCGCCCUGAAACUUUUGCAAAUGAAAAUGGAGGAUAUGUCUCUGUCGGGCCUGGACAACACCAAGCUAGAGGCCUUGGCUCAGGACAUCUACUCGGACCUGGUGGAGGACGCCUGUUUGGGCCUGUGUUUCGAGGUGCAUCGUGCUGUCAAACAGGGCUACUUCUUCCUGGAUGACACGGACCAAGAAAGCAUGAAGGACUUCGAAAUCGUUGACCAACCAGGAGUGGACAUUUUCGGGCAAGUGUACAAUCAGUGGAAAAACAAGGAGUGUGUGUGUCCCAACUGCAACCGGAGCAUUGCUGCGUCCCGCUUUGCCCCUCAUCUGGAGAAAUGCUUGGGCAUGGGGCGCAACAGCAGCCGCAUCGCCAACCGCAGAAUAGCAAGCAGUAACAACAUGAACAACAAAUCAGAGAGUGAUCAGGAAGACAAUGAUGACGUCAAUGACAAUGACUGGUCGUAUGGCUCAGAAAAAAAAGCUAAGAAGAGAAAGUCAGAUAAGGUAUUUUUACAUUCUUUGAAACAACAUAUACCUUUGAAUCCAAAUUCACCCAGAAGAUCAAAAUCUGUAAAGCAUAAAAAUGGGGAGCUUAGUAAUAGUGUCAAUGCAGAUCCAUACAAGUACAACUAUAACACUGGCAUCAAUUACGAAACUUUAGGCCCUGACGAACUGAGGUCUCUGUUGACAACACAAUGUGGAGUGAUCUCGGAGCACACCAAGAAGAUGUGCACCAGGUCCCAGCGGUGCCCCCAGCACACGGACGAACAGAGGAGGGCCGUCAGGGUGUUCCUCCUGGGGCCGUCCGCGUCGUCUCUGCCCGAUGCAGACACGAUGGUGGAGAGUGACUGCUACGACGCCUCAGACGGACAGGUUCUCAUGAGUCGUCUACAGUGGGAUGGAUCCUCAGACAUCUCCCCCUCCGAUUCAGCCUCCUCCAAAGCCAGCACCAACAACUCAGAUUCUAGGAAGCCCAAGAAGAAGAAGAAGACGUCUCUUAGCCUAAACAGCACAGGAGGAGGAGGGGGUGGCAGUGGGAGUGGAGGGGGCAGUAGCUCCCAGAGUAGUCUAGUAGGCCAAUCCAACAGAAAGAAGAAGCCCAAGCUUCCUGUUCCCCCUGCCCCCAGUAUCUAUGACAACCUAAACUAGGAUAGUCCCAGUCAGCCCCCCUCUGAGGCUAAGAUGAUAACCCAUUAACUCACAUCCACUCACACAUUAAUAUCAGCUCUGAUUAGCCCAGGGGUUGUAACUUCUCUUUUUUCAUAACUGGACACAGCACCCCUUCAUUUGAAUGCCAUUUUUAUUUGUUUGUUGUUGAAGAUAAUAUUUUGCAAUUCCAGUUAUAAAGAAACAUGGAUUGUUCACUUUAAUUAUGUUUUUGUUAAUCAGUGAUUUAGGCUUCAGACAUGGACCAAUCACACUCUGCUUUUUUGCACUCUGAUCUGUUUUCUCCUGAAAACAAAACAUUGCUUUCUUUUUGACGGUGUCUCUGUUUAGGAGGGGACUUGUGGACUAAUUGCAUCACCUUACGACUACAGCGUUGUUAUUGUGGUGGAUGUCAGUGCCAUCUUGUUGUUUCACCAGUAUUGGGGUACUUGAUGGUGGCUUUAUCCGUACUUGCAUUGUAUUGCACAGUGGUGUGUGUGUGUGUGUGUGUGUGUUUAUGAAUGUUUGUUGUGUAAAGUUGACUGUUUUCCAUGUUGUGUGUGUGAUUUCAUUUGUUUUCAGAUUACUAUGCAUCUCUGAAUGUGCCAUUGUGGUAGAGUCAGUAUAUGUGUUAUUUUGUAUAUUUAACUUUUUUGGUUUACAUUGACUGUGUCAAGUGAGAAUGUGUAUUGAAUGUGUAUUUAAUGUCUGCACUCAGUAAAUUGUAAAUGCAGAUGUUGACGUGUUUUUAUAUACCGAUACAUGUGGUAUGAUGACCUAUGUAAAAGAAUCAUGAUUUAAUUGGAUACUGUAUACAUACACGGUAACCUCUCUACCAUACACAGCUUCAUGCUAAACAGUGCUUCUUCCCUGUCUAUCUUUACUGUUUCAUACUCAGUCUGAAGUUGCUCUAACCUGCUUCUGCUGCAAAUCACUAUCACUCUAUACAAGUUGUAGAUUUCACAUUGCUUCCUGUUGAAUAAUGCUAAAGUAUAGUGGAGUCAACCUGCUUUUCCCCCAAUAAUACUCUAGGUCAAUCUGCAUCACUUGACUUGCUUUCAAAGUCUGUCUCUGCUUAUGUGCAGUGUCUAUGCGCUUGUAGGAAUUCAAAUCCGCCGCCUGCAACAGAAGUGCCAUGGCUGUUGCAUGGGAUAUUUCAGACUGUUAUUCUUGCCAUUUUCAGUUUUACUCUAGUUAACGAGUUAAGUUCGAUAUAUGUUAUUCAUUCCUGUUUGAGGGGCCCACCAGACUAUACUUGCUAGGGAGAAUCUUAUAUACCCUGAGCUUUCAUUUAGAACAUUCAGCCAGUGAUGAAGUAUGACAUCACUUUAAUGUGCACUAAAAGAAUCAACCUUUAAGUGAAAAAACACCAAUUUUGGAUAUGGCUCAUUUAAUUUGUCCCUCUUUGCUGACAGGGUAAAGAAUGGCCUGUAUUACUAAUACUGUGUAACUGUUUAUUUGUGUGUAUCAGUGUGUCUCUGAACAAUAUGAGUGUGGACAAAUGACGCAAUAGAAAGUGUCAACACAAAAACAACUUUUUUUCAUGCACGUGUGUGUGCAUGUGCAAAUAUGUCAAUUGUAUAUUGUGAUGCACAGCUCGGUUUUCUUUCUCAGUUUCCCAAGUGUACAGAGGUUUCUUUGUCUGAGUAAAAGAGGUUUCUUUGUCUGAGUAAAAUAGUGUCAUUCAGA